UUCAGUGGAGAGAGGGAGAAAAUUUUUUUCGGUUACACUAUAGAAUCAAAUCAUAUCUCUGUUAUUGUGUAAUCACGGGUUCUCGACUUUAUUUAUUUUAUUUAGAAACAAUGUUAAAAUGUAAUAAUUGUCGCGUAUUCGUGUCAUUUUCUUAAUCUCACAAAAGAAAAUAUAUUUUCUCAUUUUAUAGUCGUGAAUUUUUCGAUUUACUAUGGAUAUAGGGUACACUUUGAAAAAUGAAAAUCCGAAGAAGACAUCGAGUUUGUUAUCGAAAUUAUUCUUCGGGUGGUUGAUACCCUUGAUAACUAAAGGUAGUAAACAAAAUUUGGAACUUGGUGAUCUAUACAAACCAUUAGAUAGAGACAAAUCAAAAAUACUGACCGAUAAACUGGAGAAAAAUUGGAAAAACGAAUUGACCAAAUCUACCGCGAAAGGCAAAGCCCCCAGUUUAUUGAAAGCGAUGACCAAAACUUUCUAUUUCGAAUAUAUGAUCAGUGGAAUGGUUUGGGGAUUUUCGAAUAUUGUUCUUGUAUGUUUGAGACCAUAUUUUCUAUCGAAAUUAUUACAAAUAUUCACGAAUAAUAACGACGAGGUAAAUAACGCCCUGUAUAUAUACAGCGCGGCACUUAUGAUCGUUUCAAUAUUCAAUAUAUUCAUUUAUCAUCAUAUCAAUUUGGAAUUCAAAUCUGUGGGGAUGAGGGUUCGGAUAGCAUCGUCUUCGUUAAUAUACCGAAAGAUAACGAGAUUAAACCAAACGUCUUUAGGGGAAACGACAGCAGGUCAACUGGUCAAUUUACUUUCGAACGAUGUGAGUAGAUUCGAUUACGCGUUUUUGUUUUUACACACGUUUUGGAUGAUGCCUUUCCAAACGGCAAUUGUGACAUAUCUGAUGUGGCAACAAGUCGGGAUAUCAGCCUUAGCUGGUCUAACGGUGAUGGUAAUCGUAUCUUUACCUUUACAAGGUUUCGUGGCUCAGUUUGUGGGUAAAUUAAGAUACGACGUUUCGAAGAAAACUGAUAACCGAGUAAAAUUAAUGGGUGAAAUAAUUUCGGGUAUACAAGUCAUCAAGAUGUACGCCUGGGAAAAACCUUUCGAAAAACUUGUAAAAGCGGCUAGAAAAAGGGAAAUCAAAGCGGUAACUCUAGCCUCCUAUUGCAGAUCGAUUUUCAUCAGCUGCAUCGUUUUUUUGGAUAGAGCCGCUCUUUGCAGUACAAUCAUUUGCUUUGUCUUACUCGGUAACGGCGUGACCGCCGACGUAGUUUUUUCCGUAGCGCAAUCUUUCAACAUCCUCCAAUUAACCCUGGCGGUGAUGUUUCCCAUGGCUAUUUCACUUGGAGCGGAAGCUUGGGUUUCCGUACACAGAUUACAACAAUUUUUAAUCAUGGAAGAAAAGCGAGACGUCGUUUUAGAUAAAAUGCAACGCAAAGGAAUCGUUUUAACAAAAAUUAACGCAUCUUGGACUUUACAAAAUACAACUUUACGUGAUAUAAAUCUCGAAAUACCCCCGGGGAUUCUUUGUGCCGUAAUUGGACCAGUUGGAGCAGGAAAAAGUUCACUAUUACAACUUCUCUUGGGGGAAUUGCCGAUAAAAUCUGGUAAAAUUCAAAUGGGGGGCGAGAUUUCCUAUUGUUCCCAAGAACCGUGGCUUUUCCAAUCGACUGUGAGGAAUAACAUUCUAUUUGGUAACGAAUUCGAUAAAUUUUGGUACGAAAAAGUCGUAAAAGUCUGUGCGUUGGAACGAGAUUUCGCGCAAUUUCCACAAGGAGAUAGAACGAUCGUUGGAGAAAAAGGGGUGUCUUUGAGCGGGGGACAAAGAGCCAGGAUUAACCUAGCCAGAGCUAUUUAUAAAAAAACCGAUAUUUAUCUACUGGACGAUCCGCUAUCUGCCGUCGAUACCCACGUGGGAAACCAUCUAUUCGACCAAUGUAUUCAAAAUCAUUUACACGGGAAAACCAGGAUUCUGGUGACACAUCAGUUGCAAUAUUUGAAAAAAGCGGGGUUGAUAAUAGUUUUCAACAAUGGGAAGAUUGAAGCACAAGGAACCUUUGAGGAGCUUUCCAAUUCAACAUUGGACUUUACAAAAUUAUUGGUAGUCGCCGACGAAGUAGCGGACAAACAAGAAAUUGCUACAGAUACUGAAAGGAGGAUCUCGAAUUUUCAAAAACAACUUUCCAGAGAAUCCUCGAGACGUUCUUCGAAAAUAUCGAAUGUCAGUAACGAUUUUUCCGAUUUAAUGAACAAUCAAAUAGAUGAAGAAGAAUCUGCAAGUGAUCUCGAUAUAAAUCCAUUCAAACAUUAUCUUUUAGCCACGAAAAGUACUUUCAUAUUGAUGAUUCUUAUUUUUUUACUCAUAUCAUCUCAAGGUUUUUGCUCUAUAGUAGAUCUAUGGUUAACUUACUGGACUUCCCAAGAAGAAACGAAAAACUUAAAACAUACUGACAUACAAGAAGAAGUAAUUUUAUCUCUAAACACGACGAAUAUUUCAAAUUAUCAAUAUAAUAUAACACCUCCAUUAUAUAACGAAAAUAUUUUUGAAACCAUAGAAAUCAAUGGGGAAAUUACAACGUUAUUGAAAACUAAUUUCGCCAUGUAUGUUUAUGGUGGUUUAGUGAUGGGAUCUAUAUUAGUCACGUUCAUGAGAUCGUUUUUGUUUUUCAAAGUUUGCAUGAUGUCUUCCGUGAAUUUACAUUCGGAAAUAUUCAGUAGAUUAUUGAAAGCGCCUAUGAGAUUUUUCGACAUCAAUCCCAGCGGACGUAUUCUCAAUAGAUUCGCUAAAGAUAUGGGUGCCAUAGAUGAAAUAUUACCAAGGAUUUUAUUGGAUACAAUCCAGAUUCUACUGGUUUUAGUUGGGAUAUUAGUGAAUAUUGGCAUAUCGAGUCCGUAUAUGAUUAUCCUUAUGGUGAUUUUGGGUUUUGUAUUCAUUAAAUUUAGAUCUUGGUAUCUAUCGACAGUGAAAGUUCUCAAGCAUUUGGAAGGAGUCACUAAAUCUCCAGUAUUUUCGCAUUUGAAUUCGACUCUUAAUGGUAUAGUCACCAUAAGAGCUUCGAAGACUGAAGAUAUCCUGAAAGACGAGUUCGACGCGCAUCAGGACGUGCACACGGCAGCUUGGUAUUUAACAAUCGGAUGCAUGGAUUCCUUCGGAUUAUGGCUUGAUAUACUUUGUAUAAUAUUUUUAGCUUGUAUAAUUGUAUUUUUUCUCAUUUUACAUACGUAUUCGAAUGUAAAUGGUAGUUUAGUAGGUUUGGCAAUAUCGCAAUGUCUAAUUUUAACGGGGAUGUUGCAAUUCGGUACCAGACAAAGCGCCGAGGUCAUUAAUCAAUUGACUAGUGUGGAAAGAGUACUCCAAUAUACUAAAAUAGAUAACGAAGGUCCUUUCGAAACUCCCAAAGAAAAAAUACCGAAAAACGUCUGGCCGAUUGAAGGACGCGUCGAAUUCCGGGACGUAUCUAUGAAAUACGUAGAGGACGAUCCACCCGUUUUGAAAAAUUUGAAUUUUUCAAUUUAUCCAGGGCAAAAAAUCGGUAUAGUAGGACGUACGGGUGCGGGUAAAUCCUCUUUAAUAGCAGCUCUAUUCCAUCUAGCUCCAUUGGAAGGAUCAAUUUUCAUCGAUGGGAUCGAUACAAAGAGUCUCGGACUUGCGGAUUUGAGGAAAAAAAUUUCUAUAAUACCCCAAGAGCCCGUUUUAUUUUCGGCUUCGUUGAGAUACAAUUUGGAUCCUUUCGAUGAAUUCGACGACGAAAAAAUUUGGAAUGCUUUGGAACAAGUUAAAUUGAAAGGCAGCGUCGAUUCUUUGGAUUUCAAAGUGGCGGAGGGAGGAUCGAAUUUCAGUUUGGGACAGAGGCAGUUGAUAUGUUUGGCUAGGGCGAUUUUGAAAAAAAAUCGAAUACUAGUUUUGGACGAAGCAACCGCUAAUGUAGACCACAGGACUGAUGCUUUGAUCCAAGCGACCAUACGUGAAACAUUUGCCGAUUGUACAGUAUUAACUAUAGCUCAUAGAUUGAACACUAUCAUGGAUUCUGAUAAAGUGCUAGUGAUGAGUUUUGGAGUGAUGAUUGAAUAUGAUCAUCCAUAUAAACUGUUGCAAAUUGAAGAUAGUCACUUUCAUAAAAUGGUUUUAGAAACAGGUCCAGCAAUGACGUCUCAGUUGAAAAAAAUAGCUAGAGAUGCUUAUGGGGAGAAAGACGAUGAACAACAUCGAUUUAAUGAUAAAUUUUAUUAAAAUAACGAAUAAAUAUUUUAGUUUUAUAACUUUU